AUGUGCUUUGGAACCAGCGGUCGCAAGUACUAUUACCACGAGGAAGUCAUCCCCACGAGAUACCACCAUCAUCACCAUGGCCAUCACCACCAUGGCCAUCAUCAUCACCACAGCCACUCACCGCGCGCGAGCUACACCAGCGUGAGACGAUCUUAUGUGGCUAGCAGCCCCCGGGUUAGCUAUGUCGAACCCGUAGUCUACCAGCGGACAAGCCGCAGACACUGCUGA